AUAUUAUAUGGGGGUGUCCUCCUUCGGGCAUUGAAGGUGUCCACCGAGCAGUUUCACUUGCUCAGGUUUGACUCUGCUUAUUCAUGGUUGUGCAUUGUUAGCACGGCAAUCUUUGCUUACCAUUAGCAUUCCAAGCAUGAGAAACCAUUUCAAAUUGAUUUACAGUCCUUUUACUUUGUUUGUUCGUGUACAAAUUCUCCCUUGCAUGUAUCACCAAUCUUCAGAUUUUUGCAUACCCAGAAUGGAGGAUCUCAUAUCAGACUCGCAAGGCAGGCUCAUCCCAUCCCAAGCAACUCAAUUUCCUGGAUCUUUUGCACCCGACCUUCGUCGUGACAGCAGAAAGUACGUCAAGUCGGCCAGAUGGGAGAAAGUUCUGUUCCAAUACUUGACCGAUGGAUGGGAUGACAUCAACAUAUGGAAGUCGGCUUUCAUUGAAUUUAUUGGCGAAACGGCGCUUUGUUAUUUGUCUGGGAUGAUCGAUACAGUGAUCGGUAACUUCCACACAAGCCAACCUGCGGCAUAUGUCGGCGUUACAAACAUCUUCUUGAUCAGUCUGUUCAUUUAUGCCAUGGCUCCAUCAUCUGGAGGGCAUGUGAAUCCAAUUAUUACGUUUGCAACAAUGACAGCGGGACUUACUGGUUUCUCUCGAGGAAUCCUCUAUCUGAUCGCCCAGACGGCUGGAGCAGCAACUGCUGGUGCUCUAAUCAGAGGAAGCUUUGGUGGCAAGCUUGCAACAGCAUAUCAGGGAGGCGGGUGUCUGCUCGACACAACAGUGCUUGAAGUUGGUCAAGCAUACCUUAUCGAGUCAAUGACAACAUUCAUAAUGCUAUUCCUUGCAUUCGGAGUAGGUCUUGAUCCCAGAUGUGGCCAAACGUUUGGUCCAAAGAUGGGACCUCUCCUUGUGGGAUGCGUGCUUGGCUUGACGGCAUUCUCGACGGUUGGAAUUGCAGAGGGAUUUCCUGGAGCGAACAUGAAUCCUGCUCGUUGCUUCGCUUUUGCUGUUGCUAGGAAAGACUUUCAUCAUCAAUGGGUUUGGUGGGUUGGACCUGUUACCGGGACGAUGGCCCACACAAUUGUGUAUCAUAUUGCACCUCCAUAUCACCGCGAAAAGGCUCUUGAGCAGGCUGCUUCGAAGGUCCAAAACUCGGCAGGAAAGGUGUAA